CUCCGCAGCGUGUGCCGUCUGGCGCUCCCGGACCAGAGACUCGGCUGCUGGGCGACGCUGGAUCCUCUGCGCUCAUGGCUCUCCCAAGCAAGGCAGUUAUUGUUCCCGGGAACGGAGGCGGGGAUGUGGCCACCCACGGCUGGUACGGCUGGGUGAAGAAGGGGCUGGAGCAGAUACCUGGUUUCCAGUGUUUGGCUAAAAACAUGCCUGACCCAAUUACAGCUCGAGAGAGCCUCUGGCUGCCCUUCAUGGAGACGGAGCUGCACUGUGAUGAGAAGACUGUCAUCAUAGGCCACAGUUCUGGGGCCAUUGCAGCCAUGAGGUAUGCAGAAACACACCGAGUUUAUGCUAUUGUGCUAGUGUCUGCAUACACCUCUGACUUGGGGGAUGAAAAUGAGCAGGCCAGUGGAUACUUCAACCGUCCCUGGCAGUGGGAGAGGAUCAAAGCCAACUGCCCUCACAUUGUGCAGUUUGGCUCCACAGAUGAUCCUUUCCUUCCCUGGAAGGAACAACAAGAAGUGGCUGAUAGGCUGGAAGCCAAAUUGUACAAAUUCACUGACCGUGGCCACUUUCAGAACAUGGAGUUUCAUGAACUGAUUCGUGUGAUAAAGUCUAUGCUGAAAGUACCAGCAUAGAGAGGAUGAUUUCUGCAUUCCAGUAUAGGGGUAGGGCAAUUACCAGGUUAUUAACAGAUAAAAACAAUCUGUUAUCAGAUUAGUGGACACAUAAAACAGAUCAAAUUAAGUUCUGAAAAACUUAGCUCAAUGUUCAAAUUAAGUUACAAACAGCAUUUCCAUUUUCCAUAGGAUCUAUUAUCUCACAAACUGCUAUGAACGAAAGCAGUAUUUUUCCUGUUUGAUUUGGGACAUAAAGACGGCUUAACUACCUUUGUCCAAAGUGAAUAAACAAACGGACUCCAGGUUUCCUGAUUCCCAGUCCAGACUAAAACGGAAUAGUUUCGUGUAUGUUGUAGGAGUGGUACUCUUCUUUGAAAGACACCUUUUGCUAUUUUGAGGGGAAAAGAAAAUGUGAUUAAGGUCUGUGUUGGUUUAGAGCUCAAACCAUUAGCUAUUUUGAGCUGGCCCAGGGCAUUAAACCCAGACUAGAGCCUCCAUCUUUGACACCCUGCCCCAGUCCUUCAUGUUGAGGGAGAAUGAUCCAUACAGAUCUGAGGCAGGGGUCUACCAGGUCAGACAAGGGACCAUAAGCCCAGCCUGUACAUACACUUGAGCAUAAGGCCAACCAGAUGGGUGCUGGACCACAGUGGUGGGGAUUAGGGCAACAGGGGAACUCUUGCCCUGUCUAAAUUGUUGCCAUGUGGGAAGGGGGCAGGUGUUGCCAAUUUUCUGAUUUUUUUUUUUAAAUUUUUUUUUUAUUUAUUUAUGAUAGUAACAGAGAGAGAGAGAGAGAGGCAGAGACACAGGCAGAGGGAGAAGCAGGCUCCAUGCACCGGAAGCCUGACGUGGGAUUCGAUCCUGGGUCUCCAGGAUCACGCCCUGGGCCAAAGGCAGGCGCCAAACCGCUGCGCCACCCAGGGAUCCCCAAUUUUCUGAUUUUUUGAGGAAAAAACUUCAUGCGGUGGUUUUUAUAUUUAAGGACUAUACAUAUGUUUGUAUACCCAGUUCAUAUGUAUAGGAGUUAUGUCCAGUACAUGUACAUAUGGAUGAUAGAAGUUGGUAACAACAGUGUAAAUAAAAAAUUCACAAACAGUGUAAGACACAAAAUCCAAACCACCCAUUUGUGAUUUCUGCCAUUAGGAUUAACUUAGCCAGGUACUUAAAAGAUUCUCUGUGAAGCCUGAGAAAUGAACAUAAUGUCAGAGGAUACAAUCACAGGAACAAUGUAGAUGUUGUUACAAAAUCUUAAGAAUUUUUAAAAAGUCUUUCCAUGUCUCAGAUUUUGUUCUAUAAAGAGUUCUACCUUUAACUUCCACAGUUCUCUUUUAAGCCUCAUUUUACAAUUUUUCUUCAGAUCAUAUUCCCUCAAAAAAAAAAAAAAAAACCCACAAAGCUUUAUUUCCCAUUUUUUGGCUAUUAUGAUCCCUAAGUAUUGCCUCAAACAAUUUUGCAGUGACUUCAUACUUGAUGUUGCAGAACCUGAUGUUUGCUGCAAAGAUGUGAAUUCCCUGUUUAUGUCUAAAGGAGAUUCAAAGCCAUAAUUUUAACCUGAAAAGUCUUGGUUUCCAAAUAUGCUCAAAGAAAAAAGUUAAAGACUCUCAACUUUUAAUAGCAAUUAUCUUUAGGGAAUGGGAAUUUUAGAUAUGGUGUGGUGGGAUUUUAGAUAUGUGUGUUUCUAUUUUGUACACCUGGGUAUUAUUUCAAUUUGUUAUAGUUAACAUGUAUGUAUUACUUUUAUAAUUAAAAAAAUUAAGAGUUGAUAUGUUAGUGAAAAGCAAAUUAGAAAAAUCAACUGAAUAAUAAUUUUCUUAAAGAGGUGGUUUAGCAGUGAUUUGACCAAGCCUGUAACCAAAGUUUGAUUCUAUUUGAAUUAUUUGGAAUUAGCCAUUGCUGUACUUAAUCUUGGCCUUGUUUUCCUAAUUCCUUUCUCAAAAAAUUACAAAGUUAUACAAGUAACAGUUAAUAUUUUGUUGUCUUCUUCUGCCACAGAAAAGCAAUGAAUAUAUAUGAGAAAUAAUUUUGAUAUUCUUCAUUCCUAUAAUUAAUCUAGACCUGUAUGAUUGUUGAGUUGUACUCUCCAAUAUGGUAGCCAGUAACCACAGGCAGCUAUAAAAUUAAAAAUUUAGUUCAUUCACACACUAGCCACAUUUCAAGUCUUAACAGCCACAAGUGACUACCUAUUGAACAGCAGAUACAGAAUACUGUCAUCAUUAUAAAAAGUUCGUGGGACAGCAGUAGUCUAGGACAUGUAUUUUUUAUUCUUCCCUUACCCACCAUGUAAUAAUGGUUCAAAGUAAAAGUCACUUGACUUGAAAUUACAGGACUCAUUUACUCAGCUGAUCACCAUAAAAAUCAUGGCACCAUAAAAUUUACUCCUCACUAAACUAAACUCAGGAGUUUUAUGAAGAAUCCUACAUAAACUAUCCAUUUUUUUUUCCAAUAAACUAUCCAUUUAAACCUA